AUGUCAGCCAGUAGCGUUGAGCCCCAUUCCAAAAAUUUUUGUCUUCAAGUUGUGGUAUUUAUAGACGAAAUGACAACACCAAGUAAUCUGCUGAAUGAGUUCAAUGAUCUAUUUGAACAACAAGCUGAAAUAGAGAACAGUGAAGAAUUUAAAGCAAAAAAACAGAAAUAUAGCGACUUAAAAUUAGAGCCUAAAAGUGAUCUGUCUGUACGUUCUGAACCAUUUCAAGAUCCAGAUCUACUCCCAUAUAUUUCUCUGGAUAACUAUCUCAUAGUAAAGAAAUUACACGCAAGAACUGUCCGUAUUCGGCCUAAUUUCAAUGCUAUUACUUUAAAAAGACCACAAGCCAAGGACGUUUCGUCAACACGUAUAAUGGAUGAUGAAGAUGUUGCCAUUCUAGAACUAUUUGAAGGAACAGUUCAAAGUGAUAAAGUGUAUAUUAACCCCAUUGCCCCUAAGCGAAGAAAGUUCAUGCGAGAGGAAAGUAUGUCCAGUGCUAACGGGACAUCCGUCAGCUAUGCUAGCACUCCGGCUGCAUAUACUUCUAUUCCAAAUACACCCAUCAACGUAUCUUCACAGCCACUCUCGCCUUCUGCCAUUUCUGAAGUAAGCAGUUCUCAAGGUACGUCUGAGCUUGAAGAGGCCUUUAACGAUAUAUCAAAAAAGAUAAAGCAGAGCGCAUUAAGAUCAGUGGGAGUGGUCGAUGCAUAUACGCUGUUAGCUAGAUACCAUGAUUAUUACUCUUUUACUUUAAUGCCUGAACUCCCUUCAGCUACCACAACCCAAGAUGUCAAUCCUACAGACAUAAACGAAACAGUAAUCACUGUGCUUUUUUAUGUGCCUGAUAGCUACACAAAGAAAUUACAAGAAAUCGAAAUUCUGGGAUCACACAGUUUAUGCGAUCUAAGAGACACAAUAAGCUGCUUCUCUGACCUUCCAACUGAAAUAGACGACAAUGAUAACAAUGCAGAGGCUGAGGCGCAUCUGUUUGAUAAAGAUAAAAAAAAACUAGUACCUAGCUUUUUUUAUAUGGAUCACACGUUCUACAUUGAUGCUCGACACGAACAGAAUACAAAAGAAGUAUAUGAGAAAAUAAUUAACGAGUGGCUUGAUAAAAAGAAAGUUGACAAAAGCAAGCUCAAGUAUAAUGCGCUUUGUAUGGAAGAUACAUGCCUAAAGGAUAUAGCCUUGCAGCUAAAUCGCCCAUUGGCCUAUGUUCACAAUAGCAACUGUGAGCAUGUAUUUAUGAUCAAAGAUAUCAAACUGCUGACACCUAGUGAAUACGACUCCACCGAGGGCUUUCCAAAGACAACACGUACUUUGAUGUACAAGCGAGCCAAAUGUAGCAUGUGUACUAUUUAUCCUGCCUCGUACAUCACGAAGGGCGACAUCAUUAGUGGACAUUCUCCUUGUUUCUUCUGCAAACCAUGUUUCAAGUCAUUUCAUGCGGGAAGUGAUUAUGAUAAACAGUACAACUUUAAGGUAUCAAGAUAUUAUGGAUCUUUUUAG